AUGCGGCCAUGGUCCCCGCUGGGCUCCCUCGCGCCUCUCCUGCUCCUCGCCUCGCUCUCCUUCCCCCUGGGCCACUUCUGCCCGGCCGUCUGUAGCUGCCUGGACUACCACACGGUGGACUGCCGGGACCAGGGGCUGCCCAGCGUGCCCAACCCCUUCCCCCUGGACGUGCGCAAGCUGCUGAUCGCCGACAACCACAUCCAGGCCAUCCCGGCCGACUUCUUCAUCUUCUACGGCGACCUGGUCUACCUGGACUUCAGCCACAACGCCCUGGCCAGCCUGGAGGAGGGCACCUUCAGCAGCUCCGGCAAGCUGGUCUUCCUCGACCUCAGCUACAACAACCUGACCCGGCUGGCCGCCGGUGCCUUCCGCUCAGCCGGCCGCCUCAUCAAGCUCAGCCUGGGGAACAACCACCUGGCCGAGGUGGACCCGGCGGCCUUCGAGAGCCUGGAGCAGCUGCAGGUGCUGGAGCUGAACGACAACGGCCUGCGGACGCUGGCCGUGCCCGCCCUGGAUGCCUUGCCCAGCCUGCGCAGCCUCCGCUUGGAGGGCAACCCCUGGCUGUGCGACUGUGACUUCGCCAGCCUCUUCAGCUGGCUGCAGGAGAACCAGUCCAAGCUGCAAAAAGAUUUCACUACAGGCAUGUCUGUCUAA